CUUUUGAAAAUGCACUUCUUGGCACGGGGACCUGGAAAUGACGCAUUUAGUGUCCCGUACUAUUUAUGUUCGACAAUUUCCGCCACAAAAAAAAAGAUAAAAAGGCAGGGGACAUAUAGGGGGCCUACACAAUGCCUUGACGUGGAGUGCCAAUAUCGAGAAUUGUGGACUCGAGUGACGGUAUAACGAAAUACACAUUCGUCUCAUCACUAGAAUCACCAGCAGCCAAAACAAUGGCGUAUUCCUCGCACAUAACGUUCCAGGAGUCGGCUCUCGUGUUAAACACCACUCCAGAGGUGGAAUCAACCCCUCAUCGGCUGAACUCAACUCUUAGUUCCUCAUCUAAUGCGCCGUACACCCACAUCGAGUUCACCUGUCUUUCUGUCGUCCUUUCUAUCCUGAUAAUCCUUGCAAUCAUCGGCAAUAGCCUGGUGUUGGUUGCUAUGGCCAGGACCAAGAAAAUCAGGACUGUUACUAAUGCGUUCGUGGCCAACCUCAGCGCGUCCGAUUGCCUAGGCAGUUUUGCUCUUCUCUGGAGCGUGCCGGGUAUGGUAAGCACUACUCCAGGCUUCCCGCUGGAGUCUGACGUCCCGUGUGUGAUGGCAGCUGUUCUGGUGCACCUGACCGUAGGCUGCAGCCUGUACAGCCUCGUCAACAUUGCUCUGAACCGGUACAUAUUAGUAACCAAGCCCAAGGAGACCUACCAGUGGUUGUACACACGUAAUAAGAUUGCCUUGAUGGUCCUUGGCUCCUGGCUCGUACCUUUAUGCGCCUGUAUUAUACCCCCAUUCGGUGGUAUCGGUGAAUUCGGCUUCGAUUCAAUGACCCGCACCUGUACAGUAAAUACAACUCAUCCAGCAGCUGACACAUACAAAGUUAUUCAAUUAGCAGUUUUGUUCCCGACUUCAUGUGUUGUCCUCGUUUCUUACCUCCUGAUUUGGCGACACGUCAGACGUCAUUUCAACAGGCGCCAAGAACACGACACUCUCUACUCAACUGAUAAAAGCACAGGUAGGUCCACACAGCCAAACGAUGGUGAACCCGUAGCUUGUGACGCCCAUAGUCAUACACCUACUUUGCCACUUCAACAAGCACACAGCUCUGAUCAGGGCCAUCGUAUCAAGAGGGACCAACUUGCCGUUACCAAGAACCUCUCCAUCGUCAUCUUGGUCUUCGUGAUUUCCUUUGCGCCCUUAGCCAUCAUGAUGGUCGCCAAGAGCACCCGUUUCUACCUUUACGGCGAAAUGUUCCUGUUGGUCAGCAACUGCACAAAUCCACUCCUUUAUGCCGCUAAGCAUCCACACUUGGGGCCUGUGUUGCGAGCCAUGAUCCGGUGCAAAUGUUCAAGCGACAGAGAUGCCUAAGCCUUAUUUGUUUGCCACAUCCACAACCAAAAAUCUACUUUUCAGCCCAACUAUAACAUUUCUGCAAAUCACAAAUAAAACUGACCUAAAACAGAAAAGUGGUGCUGAGUAGGAACAAAACGUCUGGGUAUUAUCAUCAUGAGUGACUGAAGUGUAACCAACAAGUCCACCCGCCGACUGUUUGGUGUUUGCCCUCAGUAAACUUCACGUGCGGAGCACAGCUUGAGAACCUUGUCAUCAUCUAUAAGCUGUAACAUUCGACCAAUGUUAAAGUUCGCAGGAUCAGUGUGGGAAUCAAACAUCACUGGAGUGGCCCUGCCUAAUGCUUUGCCAUAUGGGAUGUAACAGCUAAACUGGACAAUCUUGAGGUCAGACAUAAUCAAAUUGUUUUGCCAAAUCACUGCCCAAGUCACCCCGACUAUUGCCAUCAACUCUUGCCAACACUCGAUUAGCGUCAAGGCGUAAUCUAAGAAACUCACACUAUCUACAAAUACCAAGAGAUAGGACCACCCAUUGCCAAUGGUCUCCAUUUCCUAUACUGUAACAUGUUUUUAGAUUGACGUUAUUACACUUUUUAUUUCAUUGUUCCUUCAUGUCUAAAGGCGCCUUUCCAUAGGCCUAAUGCGCGUCAGCACUUGCGCCAAGCGUUGCACAUCCGUCAAAAUGGCUCUUUGGCGAUUUUGACGGCCGAACGCAACCAACACAUGUGUUAUGUUUAGGGGUCGAUUUUUGUGUCCGUGGAAGUGAAACGCAUGAACGCAUCGUGUACGCAACGCACCCAAAAACGUACAUAUGGAAAGGCGCCCCAAGCGUUUCAUCUAUAAUCAUUAGUUACUAUAUUAUACCCUCUCACUGUUCAUUUUGUGUUAGGUUGAAUAUUACACUCGCUAUGCAUAUACAAUUAAUUGUGUUUCAAUGAUUUAGUUUAAAUAGUUAAAGCAAUAUUGAAUUUAUACCUGCUGGCCUACAUGGAUGCAGUGCGUUCAGUUUGUGAGCUUGUAAUUAUGUCAUCGACUACACCUAGCGUUUUGAUUGCGCCAUCAGAUACAAUUACACUGCCGAGUACGCUGGUGUUUUUUUUUCACACAAGCCUUCGAGGGCAAACACUUACAGUGUUAAACUUUACUUUGUAAUUCAAAAUGAAUGUGAAAUGACUACAUUCAGAAUAGUGGUAAUUUUUAGUACGUUUAUAAUGUUGACCUAAUUUUUAAAUGACCAAUAUCGGCCCAUCAUUUUACUUUCCGUGCAAUUGUAUUUAACGAUUGCAAUGUAACUGCAUAUUUAUUAGCCCUCAGAAUUUUCAUGCCAUAUUUUAACAUGAAUACCGAUAUUUAAUUGAACUUUGAUGUUUCAGUAAGUGCGUUUAUUCGACAGUCUUUGAGGAAGAGAAUCCGUACGUAUACGUAGGCCCCUAUUGACCAAUCUUAUCAGCCCUUGCAGAAGUUCAGCAAAUCUUUGACGAAUUACACAAGUUGUAGUCCUGAUUAACGGUUUUCAAAUUCACAAACAACUAAACGCUAAACUUCCACCGAGUUAAAAAGCUUUGACCUUGUAAUUAGCCAAGAUUAUUCUAUCACCUUUUCAAAGAUAGGCCUCUACCAAAAUACUGCAUCGAGUAUAAUGUUUGAUAAAACAAUAUUCUUCGUAUCAAUUAAAGUGAAGUUACAGGCAGCAGUGAAUUGACGUACAUGUACAUGUACUCUUUUCUACACUUAAAUAAAUAAGCACGCAUUAUUUGU